CUUCCCGCGACACUGUGGCCCAGCAAUGGCAAAAGCUUUCCUUUCCUCCAGUCUCAAGGUGCCAGGGGUGGUCAAAGUUCAACAAGAGGCUCCCGGAUUCUUUGCCCUUUCACAGACACUGAACUUUUCUUGAUGAGCAGGUAGGUAUAAUGGAAAUGAUUCCAACCCCCACCUCAGUCUUCAGGUAAAGAUUUUUUUUUACCUUUCCUGGGGAAAUAAACAUUUACAUUCCUGUGCUCGGUGUGUUAAUAGAGAUUAAGCCUAAUUCAAGCCUGCGUGUCAGGCGGCAAUUCAGGUAGCUCAUACCAUACAUACCUGUACUAUUGUGUGGCUCUCAAAGGGCAUCUCCCUCAGCCCUUUGAGCUUGGCUGAGGACAGAUGACAUUUCUUAGGAACAUUGUUAUUAUGGUGGACCUGGACAGCUUCAAAAGCGACAAGCAAGUCUUAAUGCCCUACCACUGUGGGCUAAGCUUCAAAGAACUUUAAUGUCUCUUAGUUUAAUGAAGGUAUGGGAUCAAAAGGAAGAGGAGUUGUUGACUCCAGCCAUCAAUUAUGAUACAAAAUUCCUUCCUGUUGUGGAAAAUGUUGUGGUCCUCACUGAAUCGGUAGAAAUAUACUUUACUUCUAAAGAUGGUAGAAUCAACACUAAAUAAGUAGUUGAAAGUACUUCUUUUCCAGUUUGUGAGUAGAGUUCUUUCACUGUACUCACAAAUUUAAAAAUAUAUAAGGUCAGGUCGGCAUUGGACCUUAUUUUGGACCAACAUUUAGUGUGGGAGGCAUUCAUGUCAAAAGAUAUUAUGCAAACCUUCAUUAAAAUGCACAAAAAAUGCAAUCUACUUAAAAAAAGAGGGAAGUACUAUUUGUAUUGGAGACGGAAAGGAAUGACAUGGGUCUCAUCAAGGUAAAUCAGAAACAACAGUAGAUUUCAAUCACAUGCCAGUGAAGGCCGAGAGUAUGAAAGUUUCAUUCCAUCCAGUUGACCUCAGUUAGCAAGCAGUCAGAGCUUGAUUCAGAUAAAACUCCUCUUGACCUUAAAUGGCACAUGGUUGGCAGUGCUGGGCUCCCAACUUGAAAGGCUAAUGCAUUUCAUACUUGUGACCAAAUCUAAAGCUGUGAAAAAGUAGGCACACUCACAGCACACAACCAUCUGCGUCCACAUGGUUCAACUGCAGCCCAUAUAUACCUGAGUGGUCCACUUGAUGUGAUGGAUAGGACGUAAAGAGCAAAAUUUUCAGCCUGUCUAUCUGUUUGUCUGUUUAAGAUCGACUGUUGUAUUGUUUCUCCUUCAUAAAUCAGAAAAUUUUAGUUAUGUGAGUACUUAACAAAACAGUCUUGGAAUCCAAAGCUUAGUUCAUCUUUUGCUGAUUAAAAUUAGUCAGAAGUCUGAAUUGUUUGGGAAUAGAAGCCAUAUAGUAGCUGACUUUAUGAGCUUUAUGAGCUCAAGACCAGAUGAGAUUGAAGAUAAUUUUAAAAGGGUUCCAAUUGUCUUACAAAGUCAGAAAAGCUUUAUAUGCUUGUGUAUAAUAAUGUCCACAGGUCCAAAGUUCUUUGUGGGUUCAAAGAGUUGCAUCUGACCUGAGAAGACCCUGUGUUUAUCUUACCCAAAACCCAACAUUGGACAUUGAUACACCUGAGCUUAAAUGGGCCUUAGAAAAUGGGACCAAAUUCUAAAAGAACCUGUGGUUAGACUUGACUUUCCAACAUGUGCACCUGAUGCAUUGCCAACAUUUUUUUUUCAAGCCCUUGCAUAAUGCUUUGUCAGAAAACCCACAAACUUCUUGAAUAUAAACAUGAAUUCUGCUGAUGUGUGCAUGUCUUGUUUACGUGUGUCCUGAUCAAAAUGUUCUGGAGAGGUCCAAUGAAAACUGAGUGGAGAAAAGUAGCAAUAAAACCAGACACGACUCUGAACCAAGGUAGGCUACAAGUCUGGCAUCAUUAUGUCAAGUGGGAAUAGAUUUAACACAGACCUUUUCUGCAUAACAGAACUUCUAUGAACUUCAAACCCCCCCCCCCCCCUACUUUACUCAGAUAAUGGAACCUGCAAUUUUGCUGAUUUUAUGUGUGAAUGCUCUCUGGCUAAAGGUGUGCUAAUACUGAAAUGCAGACAUGUGCAGCUUUUGAGUUGGAUGCAGCAAGUAUUUAAGCCUCCACCAUCACACACACAACUAGAAAACCACUAAGCAUCACUUGUGCUGUUUCUGCACCGAGCUGAAUAUCAGUGCGUAACGACCCGGGAGUGUGUUUCUUUAAGAAUGUAAGGUGGGUGAGCCCCUUUUCCUGACGCACGCCUGGUAUGCAAACAUAAAUUUAGCAGCAACGUGUUUGCUGGGGGAACAAAAUAUCUGGAAGCGACCGUGAAGUGUCAUGCCGUCUCCGGCACUUUUUGGCUGACUUUGUCUCAUUUCUGUCCCCGUAAACCGGAGCCGGAGCGCAGCGCGGAGAGGAGAGCAGAGCAGAGCAGACCUCUUUCUCCCUGACUGACUGGAGUGGAGAGACUGGGACAGACGGCCAGUGAGCGAGCAAUCAGAGUUGUCUCUCUACAGUUUGCAAUCACUUUGAAUUUAUCAGCGUCAGAGAUGACAGGCGGCUGUUUGUGGACGACCGGACUGAUUCUCCUCGCUGUUUGUGUGAAGGUUGCUGUGUGGGCCAAUGACGGAGAUGCAGUAUUCAUCAGAGAGUUCACUCUGAUUAGAAGAGACCAUCUCCCUGAAGAGCCCCUCCAUGACAGCAGCCAAAAACCAGAAGACCCAAGCUCGCGGACAGCCCGAUCAGAAGAGGACAGAGACACGCUGUGGGAUGCCUGGGGCUCGUGGAGUGAAUGCUCCCGUACCUGUGGAGGAGGAGCCUCGUAUUCCCUUAGACGAUGCCUCAGUUCCAAGACCUGCGAAGGGCAGAAUAUCAAAUAUCGCACAUGCAGUAAUGUGGACUGCCCUCCAGAUGCUGGCGAUUUCCGUGCCCAGCAGUGCUCAGCUCAUGCAGAUGUGCGAUACCAGGGUCAAUACCAUGAGUGGUUGCCGGUGUACAAUGACCCGGACAACCCCUGUGCUCUCAAGUGCAAAGCAAAGGGCUCAGGCCUUGUGGUGGAGCUGGCGCCCAAGGUGCUGGAUGGGACACGCUGUUACACCGAGUCCUUGGACAUGUGCAUCAGUGGAGUCUGCCAGAUUGUAGGCUGUGAUCAUGAGCUGGGAAGCACAGCAAAAGAGGACAACUGUGGUGUCUGCAAUGGAGAUGGCUCGUCCUGCAGACUGGUGCGAGGACACUACAAAUCCCAGCAUGCUUCAGGAAAAACUGAGGACACAGUUGUCGUCAUCCCCUAUAAGAGUCGUCAUGUGCGUCUAGUCCUGAAAGGCCCGGAUCACUUGUACGUGGAGAGUAAGACUCUACAAGGAGUGAAAGAUGAACUUGUCUUGGAUAAAUCAGGGCAGUACCACCUGGAGAACACAACCUUGGACUACCAGAAACUUUCCGAUAAGGAAGUCCUGCGAAUCACUGGCCCUCUGGGAGCUGAUUUUACAAUCAAAGUGCAGUUUGCCAGUGGAGUGGACAGUGUGGUCCAGUACAUCUACUACCAGCCCAUCAUCCACCGCUGGAGAGAGACCGACUUUUUCCCUUGCUCUGUCACAUGUGGUGGAGGUUACCAGCUAACAUCAGCAGAGUGCUUUGACCUACGAAGUGGCCGGGUGGUUGUGGACCAGUACUGCCAUUAUUACCCAGAAAACAUCAAACCUAAACCUAAACUCCAGGAGUGCAACAUGGAGCCCUGCCUGGCCAGUGAUGGCUACAAGCAAAUUAUGCCCUAUGACCUCUACCACCCUCUGCCACGAUGGGAGAGCAGUCCCUGGACGGCCUGCUCCACCUCCUGCGGUGGGGGAAUCCAGAGUCGCUCAGUAUCCUGUGUGGAGGAAGACAUGCAGGGAACCAUCACCCCUACUGAGGAGUGGAAGUGUCUCUACUCCCCUAAGACAGCUAUCCUGCAGCCCUGCAACACCUUUGACUGCCCCACCUGGCUGGCACAGGAGUGGUCACCUUGCACAGUGACCUGUGGUCAGGGUCUGCGCUACAGAGUGGUGUUAUGCAUCGAUCAUAGGGGACUCCAUGCUGGAGGUUGCAACCCCACCACCAAACCCCACAUCAAGGAGGAGUGCCUGGUGACUGUGCCCUGCUACAAGUCCAUAGAUACGUUACCCGUAGAGGCGAAACCUCUGUGGCAUAAGCAGGCCAUAGAGCUGGAAGAGGAAAUCAUUGUGACUGAGGAGCCAACGUGA